AUGGCACCUCAGCGGAGGGGCGCAACCAAGGCGUCUGAGCGCAGCGGGACCGCGGAGCGCCGACGCCCAAGCAGCACCAAGAGGGAUCAGGAGUCACGGGAGGCACAAAGGAUGUGGCUGAGGACCGCGGGCCUAGGGGCCAGCAUGGCACUCUCUGCGUUCCUGCUGUGGAGCAGUUUGGGGGCUGACGACAGCAUCACUGAGGUGCUGGCUCCCCGUGCUGAGGUCUUGGCAGGCAGAUUCAUCGAGGUGCCCUGCUCUGAGGACUAUGACAGUCACCGGAGGUUUGAAGGCUGCACCCCCAGGAAGUGUGGCAGAGGCGUCACCGAUGUCGUCAUCACCAGGGAGGAAGCAGAACAGAUUCGCAGCAUAGCUGAGAAGGGGCUCUCCCUGGGAGGGUCUGACGGAGGGGCUUCCAUUCUGGACUUGCACUCAGGAGCCCUGUCUGUCGGAAAGCACUUUGUGAACCUGUAUAGAUACUUUGGGGAUAAAAUACAAAGUAUCUUCUCAGAAGAGGACUUCCAGUUAUACCGGGAUGUGCGGCGGAGGGUGCAGCUCACGAUUGCUGAGGCUUUUGGCAUCAGCUCAUCCUCACUAUACCUGACGAAGCCCACGUUCUUCUCCCGCAUAAAUAGCACAGAAGCACAGACAGCUCACGAUGAGUACUGGCAUGCACACGUAGACAAGGUGACCUAUGGCUCCUUCGACUACACCUCGCUGCUAUACCUCUCCGACUACCAGGAGGACUUUGGCGGAGGGCGGUUUGUGUUCAUGGAGGAGGGAGCCAACAGGACAGUGGAGCCCAGAGCAGGUCGGGUCUCCUUUUUCACCUCGGGGUCUGAGAACCUGCACCGGGUCGAGAAGGUCCGCUGGGGCACCCGCUACGCCAUCACCAUCGCCUUCAGCUGUAACCCUGACCAUGGUAUCGCGGACCCAGCAUUCCCGUAGCUAGCCAGGUUGGCAGAAGACCCUGUUCCUGGAGCCCUUGUGUUUAUAAUGAAUCCAUACCCCAUCCCUCCCGUCUCACUCGUCUCCACUGCACAGAGUGCCUUAUGGAUAAUCCAGAUUUUGAUUUGCUAAUGUUUUAAUCUUUUCAUGUGUGAGUAAAUUAGGGGAACUGCCACUCAC